UUCGUUCCUGAUAUUCAGCAAACUCGUACAGUUGGCUUUAAAUUGUAACUGUUUUUUCUUCGUUUCUCUCUUUUCUUGWGUCUAUCAGUCAUGGGACUGUUUGGUAAAACACCACAGAAGACUCCUAAAGAACAGGUUAGAGAAUGGUGUGGUACUAUCCGCAAAGAAGGGAGAGUACUGGACCGGCAAAUAAGAGCAAUACAAAAUGAAGAAGCUAAAGUAAAAAGAAGUAUCAAAGAUGCUGCAAAGAAAGGUGAUAAAGAUGUGUGCAGGAUUCUUGCAAAAGAAAUUAUUAAUUCAAGAAAAGCAAUCAAUAAGAUGUACGCAUCUAAGGCRCAGCUGAAUUCUGUAGAAAUGAGCAUGAAGAACCAGCUAGCAACCCUUAGAAUGGCUGGUGCUCUUGAAAAAAGUACACAAGUCAUGAGCAUGAUGCAAAGCUUGAUUAAAAUUCCACAAAUCCAGGCUACUAUGAUGGAACUAUCAAAAGAAAUGAUGAAGGCUGGUAUCAUAGAAGAGAUGCURGAAGAUACCUUUGAAGGCUUGGAAGAUGACGAUAUGGAGGAAGCUGCUGAUGCAGAAGUUGAGAAAAUAUUAUUUGAAGUCACUGAAGGUGCUCUUGGAGAGGCAGGACAUGUUACUAAUCCUUUACCGGCUGGUGCAGAAGGUGUGGCUGAGCCUGAAGGAGAAGAAGAAGAUCUAGAUGAGAUGAGAUCAAGACUGGAGGCACUUCGAAGCUGAAUCACUUCAAACUACAAGGUGUAUAUGUAUAAUACUUAAUAAUCAAUGACCACCUUCUUCUUUUAAUCCCACUCCAAAUAAUAGACUUCAAUGUACAUUUGAACAUCAUCCAUAUUGCGAACAUAAUAAUUUACCAAUACUAUGAGAGCCAGAUSUCAAGAUAUAUCUCUGACAUCAGUGCUCAAAAAUGUGAUCUUGAAUAAGGUUUCGAGAUAUCAUUGUGACUUUUAUUUCAAAAGUACAAACUUUUGAUAAGGAUUAUUUUCGUUUUGGACAAGAUAUCUCGAAAGAGACAGGACACCGCGAUGUUUUAUUCAGUCAGCUUUGAUAUGUAUUAUACGAAGUCUUUUAACCCCCAAGAUGUAAAAUAUUAGUUAUAUGUAUGCAUGCUUUUAGCGUAAUUGGAUUAGUCACAAGAAAAAAAGAAGGAAGAACGAUACAAAACGUUAAGUUGGGGGGGGGGGGGGGGGGACGCCAGCAGGAUCGAUCCUAAGGCUGAGAAAAACAUUUUCAUAAAUCCUCAUUUUUCUAGCCUGCGUGUUAUUUUUCAUGCUUUGCCGUUUAAUCUAUGUUCCAUUGUUUUUAAAUCUCACGUGUAAGUAAUAUAAUUUCAUGAAACAUGAAUCAUAGGUUUGUAUAAUUAUUACCUUGUUUUUUAUUAUCAGUACGAGUCUCCUAAAGGAAAUGAUAAAAUUGAAAAACUA